AUGAAACACAUCUUGGGCACAGUUGUGCUGUGGCUACGAGUGUAUGUAAGCUGUAACUACUCUUACAUACGUAAGGGAGUCUUCAAGGUUGGCUGGCUGGAUGCGCGGUGGCUGAGCACUGAGACUCUGGCUCGGACUCCGGCUCCUGACUGGCGGGCGGGACGGGCGUCAACUGGUCUGGGAGGGUGGGGCAAUACCCUUGUAACCGUAAUACGGUCCGACAUUUCCGCGCCUAACCGCAUCCAGCACAAAGGAGCCAAGUUCCAGCCCAAACCCUAUCUAUCUAUCCUAUCGGCGCCUUCCCUAAGAUCCCUCUCCUUGCUGCUCCUGCUGCUCCUUCCCAGGACUGUCGUUUCCCUGGCUGCAAUCACCAACCUCACCUCCUUCCUGCCUUCCUCCUCCUCUUCAAUAAUCUCUUCAAUCUCUUCCAUCUCCAUCUCCAUCUCCAUCUCCAUCUCCAUCUUCUUCUUUUUCUUUUCUUCUUCUUCUUCUUCUUCUGCUUCUUCUUCUUCCUUUCUUCCUCUUCUUCUUCUCAUUCUCAUUCUCGUAUCCCCAUCCAUCCCCGACGACCCUGACCACCGUUCUCAAAAUAAUACCCUGCUUCCGUCGUCGCCUGCCACUCUCUAG